GUCCAGAAACCGUUCCGUCUUCCAUUCAGUAGGAGAGAGAUCAGUGAAGACAACAAUGGCGAAGAAUGUGCUAUCUUCUUCCCUUCUAAUGGCAGCAAUGGUUCUCUCAUUGUGGGCAGCAUCAGCGAGAGGUCACAACAUAACCGCGAUCCUUGAUGGCUUCCCGGAUUACAGCGUAUACAACAGCUACAUGUCGCAGACGAAGGUCGCCGACGAGGUAAACUCUCGGGAGACGGUGACCUGCCUCGUACUCCCAAACGCAGCCAUGUCCGCUUUAGCCGCGAAGCACAGCCUUGCCGCCAUCAAGAACGCACUCCGCCUUCUUGUUCUUCUUGACUACUUCGACCCCCAGAAGCUCCACGACAUCUCCCAAGGAACUACUCUCACAACCACUCUCUACCAGACCACCGGCAACGCACCAGGCAACCUGGGAUUCGUCAACAUAACCAAUGUCCGCGGUGGCCGCGUAGCCUUUGGUCCCGCCUCCCCCGGCUCCAAACUCGCAUCGGUUUACACCAAAUCUGUCCGCCAGAUCCCUUACAACAUCUCUGUUCUCGAGAUCUCCGCCCCGAUUAUCUUCCCCGGACUGCUUGACGCUCCUACAGCUGCCGGUUCAAACCUCACCGCACUUCUUGAGAAGGCCGGAUGCAAGACAUUCGCUGCCCUACUCGUCUCCACCGGCUUACUCAAGAAUCUUCAGCCUGCAAUGGAUAAGGGACUCACCCUGUUCGCCCCCAACGAUGAAGCGUUCAAGGCAGACGGCGUCCCAAAUUUGAACUCUCUCAGCAGUGCCGACCUUGUUACUCUGCUCCAGUACCAUGUUCUCUUGUCCUACACACCGAAGGAGUCCCUUAAGUCUGCAGAUCACCCGAUCUCCACUAUGGCGACGGGCUCCUCUGGUAAGUUCGAUCUCACUGUAUCUUCUCAAGGCGACGACGUUACGCUCCACACGGGAGUCGAUUCCUCCCGAGUGGCUAACACAGUCUUGGACGAUACUCCUGUUUCCGUUCUAACCAUCGACAGCGUACUUCUUCCCAUCGAGCUCUUUGGACAUGGUCCGGCUCCAGCUCCUGCUCCGUCUUCUCUGCCUCCUUCACCUUUGCCGUCUACGCCAGCACCAGCCCCUGCGGCGAAGUCCGCGAAAGCUCCGUCUCCAUUGCCGCUGUCUCCACCGGCGCCGCCGACCUCAUCUCCGGUGGAUUCACCACAGGCGGCUUCAGACAAGGCCGAUGACAAGAACUCGUCUGCAGCGGCGGAGAUGGUGCGAUCGAUUGCUACGCUGAUGGCAUUCGCCUCCGCUGCGUUGUGGAUGUUGGUGGUGUGAGGGAAGGAAAGGAGAAGUUUUUCGGUUAAAAAUGUGAGAUGAGACUGAUCGACGCCAUGGAAUUUCUACAGUGAUCAUCUCUUUUCUUUUUUUGAUUUGGGUUCCUUAUUUGUUGUUAUUUUCGUGUGUAAUUUUUUUUACUGGCGAGGGCAAUGCUUGUUUUGCCUUUUAGACGGUGAUUGGGUUUGUGAUUUUUUUGCUCCUCUUUUGACUGUUUCUCUCUUUUUUUA